AUGCAACUUCUACAUUUGCCCCCUGAGAUCCUUAAACAAGUCUUCAAUUAUAUUGGGUCACCAUUCUUCCAAGAGGACUUGACACGCCUUGCUAUCAGCAAGAAAUGGUUCGAAUUCGCCCAAUACACUUGCUAUCAGGAUGUAACAUUUUCACCGGGGAAAUUGCAUGAGUUCAUCUCCUCACAGAUGGCAAAGAAACCAGAUGUACUCAGAGGUAUCCUGGAAACUUUGAUCAUCAAGUUUGGUACUCAUCAAGCUCCGGUCAACUCAUUUGGCUCUCGCGAACCCACCGCUGGAGCGGGGAGUUACGAGGCCCCAUGUGAGAGCACGGAUGGAGACUUAAAACAGCUUGCUACCAUCACACAACAAGCACCAAAGUUGCGUUUUCUACGCAUCGAGGCUUACGGCUCACGGAAAUCUGAUCCACUCGAAGGCUCUGAGGAUCGUAUUUCAUUGCACUCCAUACAAGCCGUCCUCACAGUGAAUCAUUUGACAUCCUUGGCGAUAGAUCUUCCUGGGGGCGUCUUGACUUCAUCGGGAGGGCGAGAAGAGGCUUGUCGUAUUUGUCCAAGCAUUGGCGCCCUUAUUCAUAAACUCAAAUACCUUCGCCUGCGUAUGCGCAGCAUCUGUCCUGCUGCUAUUAGACCCCGAGAUUCUGCGGAACGCUUACCACUGAACAGACUCAUCGUGAAUCUGAGUCUCAAGAUGGAUUUACCUAGUAUAACCUCGGCAGCGCACUCUAAGCGAUGUGGUCCUUCGAGUGAAGGGGGAUUCCUCCAGCUUAAAGCGGAGAUGCAGGAGCAAGCAGAGACACUGGGAGCGAAAAUGGCGUCGCCUAAGCUUAUAAGAAUCCUUACUCAUACGUUUCCUCAACUGGAGACACAUUCACUAGAUGUUUUAAGUGGUGGUACAAUGCUUCUAGAAGACAGGAUGCGAUGGGAUGAUGACGGUAACAUUGUGGAGGAUGAACAGGGUGAAGAAUCGGAUUUUUCUGAGGGUGAAUCUUUGUCUUGGUUCGACACAUAA